UUCGGAAGCUCACUAGACGGGGUCUCCUUUUUCUAAUAUUUAAGAAGACGUUGAUUCCCAGGACAAGAUGGAGAAGAAAGGGAACAGCAGAAGCAGCCAGGCUUAUUUUCAAACUAGCCAUUCCUUUCUCACAGCCGACUCUCAUUCUCAACCUUGACUUCUUUCACAAGACAACUCAACAUCAACAUGAGCUUCACCAAGCUCAUCUCGGCCCUCGCCCUCGGCCUCCCCGCCGUCCAGGCCGCCGUGCCCUCCAUCCCCGGCUUCAGCCUCACCUGGAGCGACGACUUCGUCGGCUCCGCCAACAGCCUGCCCAACCCCAACAACUGGAUUGUCGACACGGGCACCUCGUACCCCGGCGGCCCCGCCAACUGGGGCACCGGCGAGAUCCAGACCUACACCAGCAGUGUCAACAACCUCCGCCUCAACGGCAACGGCGCCCUGCAAAUCACCGCCCUCAAGAGCGCCUCGGGCGCCUGGACCUCCGCCCGCAUCGAGUCCCAGCGCGGCGACUUCGUGGCCCGCCCCGGCGGCCGCAUGCGCAUCCAGGCCAGCCUCAACCUGCCCGUCGUCGGCAGCAACGGCAUCGGCUACUGGCCCGCCUUUUGGACCCUCGGCACCGCCUACCGCGGCAACUACUGGAACUGGCCCUCCAUCGGCGAGUUCGACAUCAUGGAGAACGUCAACGGCAUCGACCGCGUCUGGGGCGUCAUGCACUGCGGCGUCAACCCCGGCGGCCCCUGCAAGGAGACGGACGGCCUCGUGGGCAGCCGGCAGUGCCCCAACAGCCCGUGCCAGGGCAACUUCCACACCUACACCCUCGAGGUCGACCGCACCCAGGAGCUCGAGGCCGUGAGGUGGUUUGUCGACGGCAUCCUCUUCUGGCAGGUCGUCGAGACGGACCUCCCCGCCGACGUCUGGAACCAGGCCGUCCACUCGCCGCACUUCAUCCUGCUCAACCUCGCCAUCGGCGGCGCGUUCCCCAAUAACAACCUGGGCAGCAGCACGCCGCUCGCGAGCACCGUGUCUGGGGGUACCCUGCAGGCCGAGUACAUUGCCGUGUACAACGCCUGAUCUGUGGGGGUGCUGGUGUGUGGUUGUUGGGGUGGGUGGCAAUCAUCAUGAAGGAGCCUUCUUUUUUGACGGUAGCCUUUUCUUUCCUUUCGUCUUUCUUGCACAUAUUUUGCCACUUUCACUGUGUAUAUGGGAUUCUGUCUGCUGUUUUGUCUCAUUUGAUUUACUAGUCUAUGGCAGCGCUUGUGUGAUGAAUAUGAACAUACACUCGGAUACCAUCCGCUCACAUCGCUAUGCUCCAUCGCGUCUGGGUUCGGUAUCCCUCGGUUCCAGUAGUUGUACGGCUAGUCACUGCAGAGGCGAAACGCCAUGGACUGUGAACUGUAAAGGCCAUCCAUGAAUGAGAACUGGAAACCGAAAACUCAUCGAGGUUUCGUGUUUUUAGUAAAUCAGUGUCGACAUGCUCAGCUGCCGAGACAUGUGUUACUGGAUCAAGAUCUGUUGUAAAAGUACUCAUGAUAACCAUGCGCUGUACCUGAUUGGUUGAUGUCGCAGUUAAUUGGGUGAAAAAGACUUUGUAAAGACUUCGAACAGCUAUGUUACAGUCACUAUGGAUCUACUUUAUUGUAUUCUCGAGGAAUGAGCCGCCGGAUCACUAUC